UCACGCACGGAAGUCGUUCUUCCGUUUAAUAUUUUGUUUUAACCACAGAAAUUGGAAAAAUGAACGUAGACAAAAUAAGUCAAGACAAUCAAUUGGAAGGUUUCUGUAGGGGAUGUUUAAUCAAGUAUGAUGACCCAUCUGAUUUGUUGCAAUACACUGAGAAAAACAGACGUUUGUUUGUAUACUCCACCGGCUUACAGGUGAAACGCAAUGACACUUUUACAUUCCAUUUGUGCAAAGAAUGCUACAUGAAUAUGAAGCUCUCUUGCAAGUUCAAGAAGCAAUGCAGAACCUCGGACAAACGGUUCAAGAAUUAUUUACGCUUGAAAGAAAUUAGCGAUGUUGACUUGUGCACAUUCCUUAAAAAUAGUGAUGAUACUUUGAAAUUUCCCUUAUUGAGUGGCAAUAGUACUCCAGCAAAUCAGAAAAACAACAAAGAAGAUGACAAUGAGUCAACAUGUACAAGCAUUCAGAAUUUCAUGACUGAUAUUCUCAAGGGUACGGAGAUGCCUGACACUGAGGCCAGGAUAAUAAAAGAGGUCAUUGAGGAAGAAGCAGACGUGCUCGAAGACUCGUUGGACUCACAUUGGCUACAGGAUGACGUCUCUAUUGAUACUGACUUCAGGCUGGAUUUUAGUUUCAGUCCGUUCUCUACCACAAAAUCCAUAAACAACGACCAUUGCUACACACCAAGAAAACAAAACGAAGCUAGUCACAAUAUAAAAAAUAAUCAUGUUAAAGAUGUAUUCAAACAAUUACCAACAUCGCAGGAUAAUUACGAUGUGGACAGUGUCAAAGAUAUCAGUAUUAAUGGCAUAAAAGAGGUAUUAAAAGAAAUCUGUGGCAAAACUCAGGUUGAUUUAGAAGAAGAUUUUAUGCAGGAUAAUUUAAUUGAAGAAUGCAUCGACGUUAAUGAAGAAAUUCCUAUAUUUGAGCCAGGCCUCAGCAUGCCAGUACUAAUAGAUCCUAAUGAAAAUUAUGACGAAAUAAACAAAGAAGUAGAUAAUGUUGUGGAUAAUAUUGAAAUUCAAAUUGACCCUGAAAAUGAUCCUGAGAAUGAUAAGAAACAUUUGUAUGUCUUGAAUGAUUUUUCAGUGGAAUUAAGUGUAGAAAGCAAUGGUGAAGACCUAAAUAUGCUUGAACUUACUGACAAUAAAGACAACAAAAAAGAGAAUACUGAAUGCUCCAUUGACAAGAAAUUGAAACAAGCCUUGGAGAACAAUAAAAAAAAUAUUUCUCUGGAUGAUCUACUGGUAUCACCUGCUGAAGCAGGAGCAAUGGAAACGAAAAGCGAUGAUUUUGGUGUGGCAACACCAACUGUUGAACUAUUCCCUGAUGCAGCGGGUGCGUCAACGCCGAUGAUCAACAACAUACUGUUUGGAGAAAAACUGGAGCUUGAUGACAGUAACAGUGCACACAAAGUGGGACAAUGUAUAGAGAAGUUUGAAGACGUUGGAGGUGAUAUAGAUAUGCUGGAAGACUUUUUCCAAAAAGGCGUCAAAGAAUUCGAUGAGAGCCUUGCGAAAGUGAUAAAUUGUGUAGAUAUUACUGAAAAUAUAAAGACUGAGCAAGAAGAAUACAUCGGUGUGGACGUGGAAGAUUUGAAAUCAGUUAAGAUUGAAGUCAAUUCUGAAUACGAUCUUGAGAAUUGUUUCUGCAUAAUAUGUCAUAAGAAAUUCCAGAGUGAGAAAGCUCUCAAAUGUCAUUUGACUAGACUCCACAAGAUUAGGUUUCCUAAGAAGAAAUACGUUGAUAUUAGGACCAAAGUAUGCCCUCGGUGUGGCAAAGUAUUUGACGAUAGAGGCAAUUUUUGGAGACAUGUUAGAGCUCAUGAUAAGAGAGAAUAUAAAUGUGGAGUGUGCACACUGCUGUUCGCUUCAGAAUGGGCUCUCAAUCAGCACGCCAGAGUCCAUAAUACGUUGUUAAAAAAGGUGAACAAGAAAAAGGACGAUAAAUACAUGUGCACGACCUGUGGCGCGAGAUUCUCGCUGUCUUGUAACCUCGCGGCGCACAUGCGGCGUCACGCGCCUCCCACGUUGAAGUGUGACGGCUGCCCCAAGCUGUUCUAUCGGCCGCAGGAGCUAAAGAGUCACCAGAGGCAAUGA